AUGACUCUUAAGAACGAAGAUAGUUUCCGACGGAGAACUGGAUCUGUGGCCUCCAGUCCAGAACAUACUGAUUUGGGCAACGGUGAAAUAGCCUCCCCUACCCUAUUCGGAAAAUACCACCAGAGCCUUCAGACCCUCAAACCCUUCCGCUGGUCCUCAUCCCAGUCCCACCCUUUGGACAAUGCAGGAUUCCUGUCCUUCUCGACCUUUGCCUGGAUGACCCCCAUGAUGUGGGCCUUGUUCAGGAAUAAGCUGGACAUGAGCUCUCUCAACCUGUCUACUCUGGAUGUAGCCGAAGCCAGCGGAGAAAGGCUCCACAGACUCUGGGAGGAAGAAGUGGCAAAGGUGGGCCUGGACAAGGCCUCUGUGUUUCGAGUGGUCCUUUGCUUUCAAAGAACAAGGCUGAUUCUGUCUGUCGUUGUUGCUGUCCUCGCCAUGAUGGCAUUUUUUCUGGGCCGCGUUAAAACCUCUCUGUCCUCUCAGGCGGUUCUGGUCCAUGAGAUCCUAAAAUAUGUUGACGGCCCGGAGAAGUCCACAGUAUUCCAUGGUGUUGGUGUGUGCUUCGCUUUGUUCACAUCAGAGUUCUUCAAAGCCUUCUUCAUAUCCUUGAUGUGGGCGUUGAACCUGCGCACUGCAGUCAGACUGAAGGGUGCCUACUCUACAUUGGCCUUUCAGAAAGUCAUCUCUCUGCGGAUGCACAGCGGCAUUUCAAUGGGAGAGAUUAUUAGUGUUUUGACCAGCGAUGGCCACAAAUUAUUUGAGGCAGUAUUGUUUUCAAGUUUCCUAAUUGCCACCCCAGUGCUCUUUAUUAUGUGUAACAUCUAUGCCUGCUACAUUCUGGGCUACACCGCACUGACUGGAGUCUGCAUCUACCUCAUCUUCCUCUCUGUACAGUUUGGCUUGGCCAAGCUCAUUAACAUAUUCAGAUGGAAAAGCAUAUUGAUAACAGACAGCCGUGUUCGUACAGUGAAUGAGAUUCUCAGCAGCAUCAAACUCAUCAAGAUGUACGCCUGGGAAGAUUCCUUUGAGAAGAAGAUCGAAGGCUUAAGGAAAAAUGAGAAGAAGGAACUGCAGAGGACUAAUUACGUCCAGAAUGCCAAUAACAGCAUCACCAGCAUUGUCCCCGCCUCUGCCUGUAUUACCACCUUCAUUGUACACACUAUGUUGGGCUUAAAGCUCGUCACGUCUGAUGCCUUUACCACCAUCGCUGUCUUCAAUGCUAUGAGGUUCUCCCUAGCUCUACUGCCCCUAAUUGUGAAGUCCUUGGCUGAUGCUGCUGUAUCACUAGCAAGACUCAAGAAAAUAUUGGUGAUCCAGAAUCCAGAGAGCUACCUGAUCCAGAGAAAAGACAGUGACUCAGCCAUAGUGAUGAAAAAUGCUACAUUUUCCUGGAGCCAGCCAGAGUCCCCACCUAGCACAGCCAAUGGGGUGAAGGGACACAAAGUGGAGGAGUUGUCCCAAAAUGGGAAGACUGAAACCUUGUCAACCCUGAGAAACAUCUCCUUCAUACUGCCUAAGGGCAACCUGCUUGGUGUCUGUGGGAACGUGGGGAGUGGAAAGACAUCACUGAUUUCCAGCAUUUUGGAACAGAUGCAUCUCCUGCGGGGCUCCCUCACAGCUGAUGGGACGUUUGCCUACGUUUCCCAGCAGGCUUGGAUAUUCCAUGGAACUGUUCGAGAAAACAUCCUGAUGGGGGAACCCUUUGACCAGUCCAACCCGGCCCGUCGGGUACCGCUGGGUACCGUCGGGACCCAUCAGGACCCGUCGGCCUCGGGUCGGAUUGGAGAGCGAGGGCUGAACCUGUCAGGGGGGCAGAAGCAGAGGAUCAGCCUGGCCAGAGCAGUCUACUCCAAUAAGGACAUCUUCCUUUUUGAUGAUCCACUAUCUGCUGUCGAUGCCCAUGUGGGGAAACACAUUUUUGAAGAAUGCAUUAAGAAGGAGCUCCAGGGAAAAUCUGUCAUACUGAUUACACACCAGCUCCAGUAUCUGGAGUACUGUGAUGACAUUUUAGUUCUGGAGGAUGGCGAGGUGCUGGAGGCUGGGAACCACCGGGCCCUGAUGAAAACCAACAGACGCUACGCUCAGCUCAUCAGCAACUACCAGAUGGAACAGUCCCAAGAGGAGGAGGAGGAAGUGUCACCCAAACACGCUGCCCAGCUGAAGGAUGUCGGGCUAAGAGAAAGCACAGACGGCGGGUUAGUGAACCCAGUACCAGCUCUGCUCGGCUUGGCUCAGCUCCACUCGGCCGCGGUGCCCCGUCCUCCAUUUUCCAUUGCAGAUUUAUCAUCCAAUGGGACAACUUCAAACCAGGGCGAUAUCUCAGAAAACCCAGACCUGCACUUCUACCAACUUAUUUAUGGCGUGAUGGGUGUUGUCAUGGUUACAUUUGCCAUCAUCACAUGCUUCUUCUUCACUUGGGUCACAAUGAAAGCAUCCUGUAAACUUCACGACACCAUGUUCACGAAGAUUCUCUCCAGUCCCAUGAGUUUCUUUGACACGACGCCAACAGGCCGCAUUCUCAACCGCUUCUCCAAAGAUCAAGAGGAGGUGGACAUUGCGCUUCCCCAAAACAUGGACCCUUUCUUUCAGUUAUGUCUCCUGAUCACCUUCACCAUUAUCAUCAUCUCGGCUGUCUUCCCCGCCAUGCUGGUAGCUGUGGUUGUUAUGGGAGCUUUGUUUACCCUCAUCCUCUUUAUAUUCCAGAGGAGUAUCCGUCAAAUGAAGAAGAUGGAGAACAUCAGUCGCUCUCCCUGCAUCUCUCUCACCACCUCUACCCUGCAGGGCCUUAGCACCAUCCAUGCCUACAACAUAGAAGAUAGCCACAUUAAACUGUUCAAGUCGCUGAAUGACAUCAACUCCAACUACUUUUUGCUGUUUAAUUCCGGGACACGUUGGCUCUCCUUCUGGCUGGACUUCAUGGCUGCGACCAUGUCCUUGUUGGUGUCUCUGUUCGUAGUGCUCAGCAGUAAUGACCUCAUCAAUCCGGCUUUGAAAGGCUUGGCCAUAUCCUACACCACACAGCUGACAGGCAUGCUUCAGUAUGUAGUGAGGCAGUCGACGGAGGUGGAGGCCAGAUUCAACUCGGUGGAGCGGCUGCAGGAAUACAUCACGGAUUGUAAGCCUGAGGCUCCCAGACACAUAAAGGAGGCUCAGGUCCCAAAGGACUGGCCAAAGAGUGGAACUAUCACCUUCCAGGACUAUAAGAUGAGGUACAGAGAGAAUACACCCAUUGUCCUGAAUGGGCUCAAUUUUCUCAUCAAAGCUGGAGAGAAGCUGGGCAUUGUGGGAAGGACAGGCUCUGGAAAGUCCUCUUUAGGCGUGGCUCUGUUCAGGCUGGUGGAGCCAGCAGCAGGAACCAUCCUGAUAGAUGGCGUGGACAUUAUGGACAUUGGUCUGCAGGAUCUGCGCAGCAAAUUGUCUAUCAUCCCCCAGGAUCCUGUUCUAUUUAUUGGAACAGUCCGAUACAACUUAGACCCCUUCAAUAGCUACAAUGAUGAGGAGAUCUGGAAGGCACUGGAGAAGACCUACAUGAAGGACUCGAUCUCCAGACUGGAGGGGAAACUACAAGCACCGGUGCUGGAGAAUGGGGAGAACUUCUCCGUAGGAGAAAGACAACUAAUGUGUAUGGCUAGAGCACUACUCCGCAACUCCAAGAUCAUUAUAUUGGAUGAGGCAACGGCAUCCAUCGAUUCAGAGACAGACGCCUUGAUCCAGAACACCAUCAAAGAAGCUUUCCAGGACUGCACCAUGCUCACCAUCGCCCAUCGUAUCAACACUGUGCUGCACGCAGAUCGUAUUCUGGUCAUGGACAACGGAGAGGUGGCAGAGUUAGACCAUCCAGAUGUGCUGAAGCAAAGACCAGACUCUCUGUUCUCCUCACUGCUCACUGCUGCUAACACUGUGAACACCUGAACUAAAGAGGCCCCGUGGCAACACAGCACAACUACACACUAAUAACUGUAACAUAAGAAUGCUUUCUUUUAUAAUCUGGACCAGUGUGCUUAUAACAGGUGUAACUGAGCAGCAGAGAUGGGGUUUAACA